ACAAUGAGGGCUCCACCUGGCGCCGUGCUGCAACCCAUUGCCGUUGAAUCAUGGCUCGCGUGGCAGAAGGAGGCUUUACAACCGCUGUCUCGGGGACAGGCAAGAUGCAGCGGCCCUCCUCCGUCUUCUUCCCCCUCGAGGACGACACGAAUACUGCAGAAUGCAUGGCAGAACCGGCAAGGAGUACGGCCGUUCAUCAAGGAUCCCUAUGAACAAACAAUGCCCACAGACCUCACGCCCAUUGGCCCUCGCCUGCCGUCGAUUGGCGGUGCAAUCAACCGCAUGGAUCCGCGCAUCGAGCCUCCCCAUCUGCACCUCAGCGAUGGAGGAGUAAGGCUUCACCAGGAGCUCAACAAGAGCAGAGAAGGAGGGACGCGAAUGGUCGGUAUCGGCCCGCUCGAGGCGUCUACUCCUGUCGAUAUGUACGAGAAACAGGUUGCGAGGAGUGGUGUGGACUUGGAGGCCAGCGCACGGGCGGCGCAGGGAGGUGUCACGGUCAAUACAGAAAAAGGGCUGGACGAGCUGACGAGCAAGACAGAUGGAGUGGGCGGCUUCGUCCAGUCUGUACCACUCAAUGGUAGGCAACUAGUAGUAGGGCAGGUCAGUAAUCUGAUGCUGUAUACGUGGACAUUCAGUCCUGUCGAGAACUCCACCAGCAGCCAACCUCGUCAAGGUCAGCAGGACUGAAGGAGAUCCAAGGAAGACGUAUUUAUUCAUCCAUGCAUACUGACAUGGAUGGCAUUUGCCCAGCUGCAUCACUACCUCCACGUGGAGGCCCCUCGGCAGACGGAGUGGGCAGCCAAGAUUGUCUUCAAAGAGGACCAGCCACCCCGACCGCCACCGAUUCGAGUUCAGACCCGGCCCGCCCCGGAAGAACUCACUCCUCCUUCCCCAUUCCAAUACAGUGACGGCUCGGCGAUUGACUAUCAUCGGGACUUCACACGCAAGAUGGUUAGCGGAGGCCUGUCUUGUACAGAGCGCGGCGACGUGUCUCACCUUCUCUUGCACUGCUCGUCAGAUGGCGUGGCAACGUGCUGUGCUGGAUCGUAAUGCGACGAGAAUUCAGCGAGCAUGGCGGCAAAGGGGAGGGAAGAAGCUGUCGUUUUGGCGGGGGAAGCCGAUGGAGCGACUGUCGGCCAAGGCCAAUCGAUUCAUGGAGUAAGCAUAAGAAACAGGGAAACGACUCAGCCAAAGUAUGCUCCGGCCUGUAAUCAAUUUGCAGCGGAUGGAAGACAGCUCAGAAGACAGCUAAGGUAGCUUCGCAAUCCAUGCUUUUCCCGUGCCCCAUGUGCGCUUGUGUGCUUCUCUUCUCGUCUCAGGAACGGAAUGAGGAGGAGCAGCUCAGGGUACAAGAAAGAGCUGCCACUCUGUUCAAGUAAGGUCUUUACGGCACAAAGAGCACAUGUGGUACAGACGUGUGCUCAUGUCGAUCUUUCAGAGACUGGAUACCUUCAGAAGAGAAACCGCCUGUCGAGGCUCUCCUUCGUCCCGCCACUGCCCCGGUGGCACCGUCGGCUGUAGAGGGCCUUCUUGGAGAGCCUUCGCCUCCUCCUGCCGCCAUUGCUGACUUGAUCUCCGGUCGGCCGUCAGCGGCUCCCUCUGCGCCUCCUUCUGCUUCCCGUGCCCCUCAGGGUCUCCUUCCUGAGACGCCAUCGGCAGUACAGGGUUUGGUCAGUCCGCCAAGUGCAAUCGAAGGGCUGGUGUCAGAACAGCAGCCUCCGCCGACAUUGGCUGGACUCGUCGACGAAGAGAGACCUGCAAUUGCCGGCCUGUUGCCAGAGUAUGGCGAGGCCCCAAGUGCGCUGGCGGGUUUGGUGCCCUCUGCGGUGUCGACGAGCCCCAGGGAAGAGAGGCGACGUGUGAGUGAGGAGACACUGCAACAGAUGAGUGUAUUGCUGAGAAGAGCCGAAGAGAGACGCCGCAAGCAAAGGACAGAGGAGCAGCAUGAUCGAGCCAGGUAAGAAAUCUUCAUGCAGAUCGGCUGAUGUGCCUCACGGAUGCGGCUGAUGUGUGUUCCAGCUCUAUUCGUGAGCAGUUUCGGACGGUGAGGCCUGUGGCGUUCCAUCAGAUGCGCAUGCGCGAGGAGCUUCAUCGCACAGAGGAUCGCAGACGCAAAUCGAUAAGGCAAAAAAGCGCAAAGAAGGCAAAGGUGGAGGGAAAAGCACGGAGACGAAGCUUGCUGUAAGCCCAUUGUGACAAUUCAUCAACAGAUCACUGUGCCGUGUCUAUGCAUCAGAGAAGGGCUGCUCGGUCCGACUCAGCUGGCGGACUUCUUUGCACCCCCCACGAGGACGACCCCAGUGACACCAGCAAUGAUCCCGCCCCCUGCUGCCGUGUCUGAGGAAGAGGGGCUGCAGAGACAAACUGCAGCCAGAGACAUACAACGAGCAUUCCGGUCAGCUGUAUGAAUGGCACAGAUGUCUUCAUUAAUGUUUGAUGGUGGAUUUCUUGCACAUAUCAGAGGUAGUCUAGUCAGGCAAGAAACAAGCGCUCGGAAGGCUCGACUUGCUCACGAGGUACUCUUUGGCUUCGAAGUAAAACUCGGCCAUCUACUUGUUUGCCUCGUCCAGCAACUUGAAUGGGGAGAAGCUGCUCUGUACAUCCAGCGGCACUUCCGUGGCAUGAGAGGCCGCAAAAUGGCCGCAACCAGGCGCAAGGAGGUGAGCUGGAGCGCGCUGCGCUGAUCAUUUUUCAUGUAAUUCCUCCAUGCGUUAUCAGGAGCAGGAGCGCCAGGCAGCGCUGUGUAUUCAGCGGCUAUUUCGUGGCCGCAAGGGAAAGACCAUUGCUACCAAAAUCAGGCAUGACGUAAGUGCCUGGUUGUCUGCGGUGAUUGUCUUGCUGACGUCUCUUCUUUGUACGUCUGCUGUCAGCGCCUCAAGCAUGAUUCAGCUGUGCGGAUACAGCGGCUCUUCCGAGGCAGGAAGGCGAGAGAGAGAGCCGACCAAAUGCGAUCCCAGGUAACAGAGACAUCACCAAUCCAAGCGGCCUAUUUGGAGCAUGUGUUGGAUGUCAGGAGCUAGCGUCGGGCCAUUUGUCCUUCCUCUCCAUGGACCGAAUCCUCGAGAAUCUUCAGGUACGACUGCCUGCCAAUCCGUCGCCGCGCUUCAAUUUAGCCCUGCCUCCCUCUGUACAUGUCUCAGCGUCGAUUAGAGACAGUGGCGGAGAACGAGCGACAAGUCAUGGGCAAGGCACCUCCCUCGGUGUCUGCACCCCCGACCCGUCGACCGACGCCCAUUCGUCGCCCGCCAUUCGCAACUACUCUCCCAGAGGAGGUGCUUGAACGACGCCCACCGGAGAGGCCAGCGAUUCAUCGUCCGCUGGAAGGGACAGUGCAGCCACAGUCGGCUGUCGUGGCUGAGGUGCACACGCUCACCAAUGAGAUAUUGGAGCUACUCGGGCAACCGCCGACUGAGUUGCCUUCCUAUCAGCCCCAACCACCACAAGAAGAGGAGAAAAGUGACGGGGAGCUUCAGGUCGCUGAGGAGCGUGAGAGCGUCAAGGAAGAGGCCGCGGAGCGAGAAGAUGAAGAGCGUCUCGAGCUCGAGCCAGCGAAUCGUGCCUCAGACAAGCCAUCUCGAAGAACAACGCUGAUGUCAAAGGUCGCUUUUGCCACGCUUGCCUUCAUGCGGCCACCACCUGAGAAGAAGGGCAAAAAGAAGAGAGCUCCGAUGCCAAUGCCCGCGAUCACCAAGAAGGGCCAGAGGAGGGACUCGAAAGAAAGAGACGUCUCGCCAGUGCAUGUGAGGUUGAUGAGACGCCAGCUGGAACGCGUGGAGCGUGAGCGUGUGUUCCAGCGGAGACGCGACAUGCUGAAGUGGAGGAGGCAACAGCGAAGAGACAAACGAUGAUACAUGAGCCGCCGACCAUGACAGUGCCACCUGCGAUACAAACCCUCGAGCGUGAAGAGGCUCCCAGCUCAUCUGACAUCGAUGCUGAUCACGGCGGCAGGAUUGAGACCGUCACGAUGGCGCAGCGCAUCAUGAAGUAAGGUCACCAAAUCGUUCUGCCUCUAUGUCCCUCUGUUUGUCCAGUCUAUUCACUGUUCAAGCCACUGCUCCAGACGAGCACAGGCAACGAUCCAUCGCCACACCAGGCAACGAUGUCCAGAAGUUGAUGCGGUCCGUCAAGGCCUUCCAGACCGCCAAAGCUAUGGCCUAUCAAGCUGCCAAGGGGGAUGGCGGCAAGGGCAAGGAACCGCCACCAGAAGGAGGCAAGGCAGCCGAAGCUCAGCCAUCCGCAGCAGCCAAGGCUGCAUCCAAGCUCAAGAGGGUGACUGUGGCAGCUGCGGCUCGAGCCGCAGGCCCAGCAAGCAGUGGCAGAUGGGGCUCUGAGGCCGAGUCGUCCGCCCCGUCGGCCGAGUCCUCUUCGUCCUCAUCUGAGGUCGACGCCAAGCAGUUCAGCAGACUCAGGGCCUUGACGACGGCUCAACGAUUCGCAAGGUAGUACAGAAUGUAGACAAGAGCUGGGCUGAGACGAGAAGUGGGAAAUGACCUAUUUUGUGAGC